AUGGCAUUUGGACUCUGCACCCUCAAUGGAGUGACUGCAUUUGUGUUGUGUUCAAUUUUGAAAUUACUCAGCAUGCAGGAGACAAUACAGCGCUAUCAGAGGCAUACAAAAGAUGUUCAAACUGACAACUCAUUAGUGGAAGAAAACAUGCAGCAUUUGAAGCAUGAGGCAGCAGACAUGGCAAAGCAGAUAGAACUUCUUGAAGUUGCAAAAAGGAAACUCUUGGGAGAGGAUCUGGGGUCAUGCACCAUGGAAGAACUGCAGCAAAUUGAACAACAGUUGGAGCGGAGUGUAAGCAGAGUCCGGGCUAAAAAGAUGGAGGCUUUCAUGGAACAGAUUGAUCAACUUAAGGAAAAGGAGAAAGUCCUAACAGCUGAAAAUGCAAAGCUCUGUGAGAAGGUGAUUCUCUCUUUCCCCCUUUUUGGGCUUUAUUUCUAUUGUUACCUUUAUUAUUAUUUUUUAAAAUAUUUCUUGAGGUUUUUUUUUUUUAAUGCUAAAUAUGAUCUUUAUUAUUUUGUGAUUACCCAAAUUUUGAUUGUUUGUUGUUUGUACUUUACAUGCAACGCGAUGUUAUUUAAUUAUACGAUAUGUUUAUUUUUAUAUCGUAAUAUAUCUUCUAGGAUUAUUAUGUGAAUUGGUUUGCUUUAUAAUUUGGGGUUUUACUAUAUUCCAAGGUUGUGAUCAUAUGGUAUGGCAAAACCACUAA